AUGGCGGAUUCUCCUGCUGUGGGUAUCGACCUUGGCACCACCUACUCUUGCGUAGGUGUGUGGAAGAACGAUGCCGUGGAAAUUAUCGCCAAUGACCAGGGGAACAGGACGACCCCGUCCUACGUUGCGUUUACUGACACGGAGAGACUUGUCGGUGAUGCUGCCAAGAACCAAGUGGCACGCAACCCGGAAAACACUAUUUUCGAUGCCAAGCGCCUGAUCGGUCGCAAGUUUGAUGACCCGUCCGUGCAGUCGGACAUGAAGCAUUGGCCAUUCAAGGUCAUUGCUGGUCCGGGAGACAAGCCGCUGAUUGAAGUUACUUACCAGGGGGAGAAAAAGACGUUCCACCCGGAAGAGGUUUCAGCCAUGGUGUUGGGCAAAAUGAAGGAAAUCGCGGAAGCGUACUUGGGGAAGGAUGUCAAGGAAGCCGUCAUUACGGUGCCCGCCUACUUCAACGACUCGCAGCGUCAGGCGACCAAGGAUGCUGGUACUAUUGCAGGCCUCAGUGUCCUGCGUAUCAUCAACGAGCCUACCGCGGCUGCCAUCGCGUACGGUCUGGACAAGAAAGGCUGCGGAGAGAUGAACGUCCUCAUCUUCGACAUGGGUGGCGGUACUUUCGAUGUGUCGUUGCUGACAAUUGAAGACGGUAUCUUUGAAGUGAAGGCAACAGCAGGAGACACUCACCUUGGUGGAGAAGAUUUCGAUAACCGCCUGGUGGAUUUCUGCGUCCAGGACUUCAAGCGCAAGAACCGCGGCAAGGAUAUCAGCACCAACAGCCGCGCCCUUCGCCGCCUGCGUACCCAAUGCGAGCGCACCAAGAGAACUCUCUCCAGCAGCACUCAGGCAACCAUCGAAAUCGAUUCUCUCUUCGAAGGCAUUGACUACUCUGUGUCCAUCUCUCGUGCACGCUUCGAGGAGCUUUGCAUGGAUUACUUCCGCAACUCCCUGCUGCCAGUCGAAAAGGUCCUGAAGGAUUCUGGCAUUGACAAGCGCUCGGUCAGCGAGGUUGUGUUGGUUGGCGGGUCGACCCGUAUUCCCAAGAUCCAGCAGCUCAUCACCGACUUCUUCAACGGAAAGGAGCCCUGCAGGUCCAUCAACCCCGACGAGGCGGUUGCGUAUGGCGCCGCUGUUCAGGCAGCUAUUUUGAAGGGAGUUACCAGCUCCCAAGUGCAAGACUUGCUUCUUCUCGAUGUUGCCCCCCUCUCCCUCGGACUGGAGACUGCUGGUGGUGUCAUGACGAAGUUGAUCGAGAGAAACACGACCAUCCCCACCAAGAAGUCGCAGACCUUCACCACCUACGCCGAUAACCAGCCAGGAGUGUUGAUUCAGGUGUACGAAGGUGAGCGUGCGAUGACAAAGGACAACAAUCUCCUUGGCAAGUUCCAUUUGGAUGGUAUCCCACCUGCGCCACGCGGUGUUCCCCAGAUCGAAGUUACCUUCGAUAUUGAUGCCAACGGUAUCAUGAACGUCACAGCCCAAGAUAAAUCCACAGGCAAGAGCAACCAAAUUACCAUCACGAACGACAAAGGCCGUCUUAGCGCGUCCGAAAUUGACCGUAUGGUGCAAGAAGCCGAGAAGUACAAGGCCGAGGAUGAGCAGAACAGGCAUCGUGUGGAAGCAAAGAACGGUUUGGAGAACUAUUGCUACCACAUGAGACAGACCUUGGACGACGAAAAGCUUAAGGAUAAAAUCUCCGCUGAAGACAGGGAGACCGCAAACAAAGCCAUCCAGGACGCGCUUGACUGGUUGGAUAAGAACCAACUUGCAGAGAAAGAGGAGUUUGAGGCCAAGCAGAAGGAAGUCGAAUCGGUGUGCACGCCUAUUAUCACGAAGUUGUACCAGGCAGGGGCAGCAGCAGGCGGUAUGCCUGGUGGCAUGCCUGGAGGCAUGGGCGGCAUGCCUGGAGGCAUGGGUGGUAUGCCUGGAGGCAUGGGCGGCAUGCCCGGUGGAAUGCCCGGUGGAAUGCCUGGAGGCAUGGGAGGCUCUGGCGGCCCCACCGUGGAAGAAGUUGACUAA